AUAUUCGAUAAUUCGAAGAAGGGGCUGGAGCCUAGGGUUUUAGCAGCUUAGCUCCUCUUUCUCCGCCUCCACUCUGCCAUGGCGCUCUCCUCCUCGCUUGGACUUCGCCGCCUCCUCCUGAGGGCAUCGCCUUCCUCUCUUCCUCAGUGGAAGCGGUCCUUCUCUCCCGUCCGUCAAAGCUCCUCCUUUCCUUCGGACGACGAUGCCGCCGGCGGCAACCUUCCUCCCCUCACUACCCCCAAGCUCUUCGUUAGCGGGCUUUCAAGGUUAACAACAGACGAAAAACUGAGAGAAGCAUUUUCUCCUUAUGGCCAGCUUCUUGAAGCAAAGGUUAUUACCGAUAGGGUAUCAGGGAGGUCCAAGGGCUUUGCUUUUGUCAGGUAUGCUACCAUAGAAGAGGCUGACAAAGCACGGCAUGGGAUGAAUGCUAAAUUUCUGGAUGGAUGGGUUAUUUUUGUUGAUCCUGCUAAACCGAGAGAACCAAAACCACCACGUCCAGCGGCACCGGAGCCUUCCGAAACUGGUAUAAGGACUAAUAAAACAAUUGGAUGGUGUGGAUGAUUACGUCUGCAUUCUCAAAUUACAGUAGUUUUUUGCAAGGAGAGAUGGAAAACAAUUUUUUUUAAAAAAAAAAUAGUGAAGGCAUUAUUAAGAUACUGAUGGACCGUUGGAGCAUUGAAAUUUCAGCAUCAUUUGACUGGGAUUGAUGACUCUUGAAAUCUCUUUCUUUGUAUUUUUAAUUCAAAUUGAUUGUGUUGUAGUAUUUGUAAGUGGAACUUCUAGGGGUUGCAUUUACCUUUAACUCCUUGUUCAGCCUCGUGCUAAAAAUUGGAGCUUUUUUUUUCCCCCGCAAACAAAUUGGAUCCAUAUUUGC